CUUCUCUCUGGAGGUGAUAAAAGCCUCAGUGGUGUAGAUCAUAUUCGAGCAGAGCAGCAGCGCUGAAACUCAAACAAUGUUGGGCCUUUGGAUACUGCUCUGUGCUGCCUUUUUGACAGACUCAUGUGCGGGUGAAACUCUGCAGCACGGCCGUCAGUUGAGUAUUAGGCUGCAAGACUGGAUAAAGAAGUUGGACUUCACAUCAAUGGAUAGAUCCCUCAAUUACACCAUCUGGUCCGACAGCGUCACACCCCAUCGGGGAAGAGUGGUAGGAGGGAAGGGCAAUAACAGGCGCUUUGUUAUCAGCUCUGUCAAUUUUGAUGAUCAGGGAACCUACACUCUCUUGAACUUCAGGAACCAAGUGUCUUCUGUCACCAGUUUAAAAGUUAUCUCCUCAACCAGCAUCAAGUACUGUGUGGCUGAUGCAACUCUCAAAAUUUCGCUGGAUGGUCUGAAGAAAGAUGAAGCCAGUCUGAGUUUCUCUAACCAAAAACGGACCCUCACAUUGGUGCAGCGAGGUUCACCUAUGUGGAAUCAUAAUUACAAUAAACAGAUCAAAGUGACCAACAGCAGUAUCCAGGUGGUCAGUGUCAGCGAGUCCGAUGUGGGCCAAUACACGCUCUCUGAUCUUCAAGGUCGUCAGACCCAGGUCAUCACUUUAAAAAUUAUUGAUGCCCCUGUCAAAGUUAAUGAUGUGCAACUGCAGUAUGGGCAGAAGUUGCGCAUCAAGCUGCCAGUUCAGACAAAGAUGCUGAUGUUCACAUCUAAAUCCCAGAAUUACACUAUUUGGUCCAGCAGUGUCACGCCCAAAAGGGGAAAUGUGACAGGAAGGGGUGACGAUAGACACUUCCUAGUUAACUAUGUAAAUUUUGAUGAUGAGGCCGCCUACACCCAGUGGAACUCAAGGGACAAAGUUAUUGCUGUCACCAAUGUGAAGAUUCUUUGCUCAACUGACACCCAGAGUUGUGUGGCUGGUGCAACUCUCAGCAUUUCACUGGAUGGUCUUGAGAAAAAUAAAGCCACUUUGAGGUUCUCCAACCAAGAUAAGAACCUCAUGCUGGUGCAGCAAGGCAUUCCUGUGUGGAAUCUUCCUGAAAGAGAACGUAUCAAAGUGACCAGCAGCAGCGUCAGUGUGCUCAGAGUCAAUGACUCAGAUGUGGGCCAAUACACGCUCUUUGAUCUUCAAGGUCGUCAGGCCAAGGUCGUCAUGCUAAAAAUCAACGAUACCAGUAACUUGACUGAUCGUGUGGAACUGCAGUUUGGGGAUACUUUGAGCAUCAAGCUGCCAGUUGAGGCAGAGACGUUGACAUUCACAUCUAAAUCCCAGAAUGACACUAUUUGGCCCAGCAGCACCCGACCCAAUAGGGGAAAUGUGAGUGGACUGGAUGAUAAAAGGAGCUUUAUAAUUAACACUGUUAAUUUUGAUGAUCAGGGAACCUACAUCCAGCGGAACCACUGGAAUGCAAGGACUUAUGCCACUGAAGUAAAGGUUCUUUCCAGAAGAUACACCCAGGACUGUGUGACUGGUAAGACUCUCAGCAUUUCAUUGAAUGGUCUUGAGAAGGAUCAAGUCAGUCUGCGUUUCUCCAACAAAAAAGUGGACCACAUGCUGGUGGAGAGAGGCUCACCGGUGGGGAAUCUUUCUGGCAAUUAUAAUCAGAUCAGUGUGACCAACAGCGAUAUCCAGGUGCUCAAUUUCAGUGUGUUACAUGUGGGUCAAUACACUCUCCUUGACGGUCAAGGUCGUGUAGCAAAAGUCAUCACUGCAGACCUCAAUGAACCUCUCAGCUGGAAGCCUAUAUUCAUUACCGUGGCCGUUAUACUGCUGGCUGGUAUUUGCAUUUAUGUAGGAAAAAGAGCAUGGCAAAGAAAGCAAGCCGUCAUGCAUGUCUAGACACAACUCUGAGGACUUACUUCUCCAGCCAUGGACCCUCACCCACUUACAACAAGCCUGUUGCUGCUGCAGGCCCCAGCCCAGUAAGACCCCAGCACUCAAUAAGUGCUGAAUGAUGCAUGCACUGCCAAACUGGCACUGUGAAACGUACACCUGAAACAUUUACCAUUUAAUAUUAAAUUGGCCUCAAGAGAUGUUCAGCACAGACAUACAUCAUUUGGAGCUGACAGAAUAUAGAAUUAACAUCAAUUUAGUUUUAGGCCAAUUUACAGCAAACCAAAAAAUUCUAGAAACCACAUUUGCAUUCAUCAAAUAUAAACCCUGCAUGUUAAAGCAGUAGGUUUUCAUAUCUAAUAAGAUGGAGGUUUUAAUUUUAUAAAGGCCAGCAAACUUUAUUGGAUCCAUAAAAAGACUUAAAUCUGUAUGAAUGUAUUUAUAUUUUUUUACACACAAUGUUUUAACCACAAAUGUGAGCACUAUGCAGUGCAGUUUAAUGGGUAUAAUGUGAUAAUUGUGAUAUUUUCUCCAACAUUAUCACCAUCAUCAUUAGACCUUUUUUUACAGUAACCCACGUAAAGUUUACUUAAACCUGUACUGUUUGUACCACUAUAAAUCUGCCUGUGAACAGUUUUGAGCCAUGAGUGGCUCCUUCCACACGGUUUAAACUAAAAAGCUUCUCUUCAGCUUCAUGAAUGGAAUAAAAACAACACCCUGAUGUUGAUCUAAAUGAUUCCUCAGUAACACUACCUCGCCAUUUCUUUGCACAGUAGUUCAGACUAAUUUAUUGCCUGUCAUUCUCAGUGCAGGUUUAUUUUGAGUGGCUCUGUUAAAAUCCUUCACUGGACAGAGGACUUGCUGGCGGUUUUGAAGUUUAAAGUAGUUUUGAACUAGUAAAUGUUCAACUCAGCAUUACUUUGUGCUGGGCCAAGUGUAGCUCAAUGGGCCAGCAAUCUAACAUUACACAUCACCCAACUAUAUAUAUGUAAAUAUGCAGAUAUGUGAAACAUGUUUGGGAUAUUAUGUACUCAGGGGAUCUGUAUAUUCAAGAGAAGCUGUUCCAUUAAUAGACCUUGGAGCUCUGCAUCAUAUUUGAAAUACCACUUUGUUUCUUUUUUUUCUAUUUUGUUAAGUAUGGUGUACUCUGUAUCCAAUAAGUGCCCUGUAAGAAAUGUUCCUGCAAGCCAAAGAAAUAAAAAACUGAAAUGUG